CAUUUGUUGUUGGGUCUCCCUCAAUUCUUAAUGUCAAAGCUUUUGUAAAUUUUUAUUUUCUCUCUUCUGGGUUUGGUCAAGAAUUGAAUUUUCUUUUCUGGGUUAGGCUUCAAUUUAUGCUUUGGUACUUAUAUUAGAUUCAAAUCGAGGAAAUACAAAGUUUCCGUUGAUUGCAAAAACUCCCUGUUUACUAAGUUGAUUCAUUGAUUAUAUUCUGGAGUUCUUUUUGGAAAAGAUAUACCUUUUUUUGUAGCAGAUUUGGUAAAAUUCUCUCUUUUUUUCGACUUCAAAAGGGUGCAAGGUUUGUACUUUUGUUGCAGAUUUCCUGUAGUGUGCUCGAGCUGGGUUUAGCCUGAAAAGUUGAAGUUUUUAGAGUUUUGGGUUAUUUAAAAGAUGACAAUUGGGGAUAUAAGACCAAAGAAGGAGACGAAGUCAAGGAGGGGUAAACAUGUUGCUGAUGAUACAGCUCCCUUAUUGCCUAAACGACAAGAUGAACAUGCUGGUUAUGAUGAAUUUAAUGGAGCUUCUUUUACUGGCGCUGUGUUUAACUUGUCUACCACAAUUGUUGGUGCUGGGAUCAUGGCCUUGCCUGCUACAAUGAAAGUUCUGGGUCUGAUUCUCGGGAUUGCGAUGGUCGUCUUUAUGGCGUUCUUAACUAAUGUCUCGAUCGAGUUCUUGCUUCGGUUCAGUAGGGCUGGAAGAACAACUUCUUAUGGAAGCCUUAUGGGGGAUGCAUUUGGGAAAUAUGGAAGAAUCUUUCUGCAGAUCUGUGUUUUAGUCAACAACAUUGGUGUUCUCAUUGUGUAUAUGAUUAUUAUCGGUGAUGUUCUUUCUGGAACAUCAUCAAGUGGUGUUCACCAUGCUGGUGUCCUUGAAGGGUGGUUUGGAGAACACUGGUGGAACGGCCGAGCCUUCAUCCUCCUUGUUACUACACUUGGGAUCUUCUCUCCAUUGGCAUGUUUCAAGCGAAUCGAUUCCUUGAGAUUUACAUCUGCCUUAUCAGUUGCUCUGGCAGUUGUGUUUCUUGUCAUUACUGUGGGAAUAGCAAUUGUCAAGUUAAUAGGUGGAACAAUACUGAUGCCAAGAUUGCUACCAGAUGUCACCGAUAUGACCUCGUUCUGGAAACUCUUCACCGUAGUCCCCGUUUUAGUCACAGCGUAUAUCUGCCACUACAACGUUCACAGCAUAGAUAAUGAACUGGAAGACUCUACCCAGAUAGCACCUGUUGUGCAAACAGCACUUGCUCUAUGCUCGAUUGUUUACAUAAUGACAAGCUUAUUCAGCUUCCUUCUAUUCGGUGACGCUACGUUGGACGACGUGCUUGCCAACUUCGAUACUGACCUUGGCAUUCCCUAUAGCUCUCUCCUUAAUGACACCGUCCGUGUUAGCUAUGCUGCUCACCUCAUGCUUGUAUUUCCCAUUGUCUUCUACCCGCUUCGACUCAACAUGGACGGACUCCUGUUCCCGUCUGCAAGGCCGCUAGCUCUAUCUAAUACGAGGUUUGCUUUCACUACUGCCGGACUCAUCACGGUUAUCUUCUUGGGUGCAAAUUUCAUCCCCAGCAUCUGGGAUGCAUUCCAAUUCACAGGAGCAACUGCUGCAGUUUGCCUUGGUUUCAUUUUUCCUGCAGCUGUUACUCUUAGGGAUCGUCACUCCAUAGCAACGAAGAAGGACAAGAUCUUGGCGGUUUUCAUGAUCGUGCUGGCCGUAUUCUCAAACAUGGUUGCCGUAUAUAGUGAUGCUCUAGCCCUGUUUAAGAAGAAUUCAGGAACAGAACCCAGGGAGUGAUAUCAUUUGAGGUUUAGUUAAAAAAUCUGGGUUUUCGAUGGAGGCUUGUAAGCUGUAAAAUAAGAUGGAAAUGAAGAUGAACAUGGACUUCUUCCAAUGUGUAGAACAAAUUUGGCAUUGUUAUGUAAGUGUACGGAGUAGACAUUAAAUCAAGUUGUAAAAUUAAUCUUCUUGUUUGUA